UAUAUCAGUUCAAAUCAAAUUAUAAUUUGACAAAAUAUUUUGGGGCUUAGUCAUCAAAUGAAACUUUUAGCGCUCCUUGCGGUUGUAUAUUCUAUAUAUCCAGGCAGCAGCACCACGCGCUUUUGACACAAACCGUUGUUAAGGGCGAGGCCGGUUUUUAGUGGUCUUGGAGUAGUCAAGAAUUUAUACCAUCAUUCAAGAUUGAUACUAUUUAUACUUUUCUAUAAUUAUUUAUUUUUGUGCAUCAUGUAUUAUUGUUAUAAAUAAAAUGAUUCGUCGCAUAUAGUUACUUUAUUACAUCAACCCUUCAUACUUUAGUAGAUAAUAGACCGAUCGAUGGAAAUUAAGGGUAAAGUCGCCAUGGUAACCGGCGGAGCAGCCGGUAUAGGCCGUGCAUAUUGUGAAGAACUGUUAAAACACGGGGCCAAAGUAUCUGUGUGUGAUAUUAAUGAAGAAGUUGGAUCAAAAUUAACUGAUCUUUUAACCGCUAAAUUUGGUCCAGGGAAAGUAUUAUUUUGCCCUUGUGAUGUAACCGAUUAUCCACAAUUUAAAGAGGCAUUUCACAAAACCUUUACUAUUUUUGGCGCUCUUGAUAUCGUAGUGAACAAUGCUGGAGUAUUCAACGACAGAUUUUGGGAGUUUGAAGUUGAUGUUAACUUGAAUGGUGUUAUUAGAGGAACACUCUUGGCUAUGCAACUCAUGGGCAAAGACAAGGGUGGAAGGGGUGGAACUGUUGUUGUUACGUCUUCUACAAUGGGUUAUAAACCGUGUUCUAGUAUGCCUAUUUACUCGGCUACUAAACACGCCCUUAUUGGAUUCAUUAGAGCAUUUGGAGAUUCAUACCAUAAUAAUUUGACUGGUAUACGUGUCAUGGCUUUAUGUCCCGGAAUGACGUUAACAGAUGCAAUACCAGAAGACGUGACACAGGCCUUACUGUCGCCUAGUUUCCUACAUCUAUGGGACAAAGACGUAGCUUCUCAAGCACCACAAGCAGCUCAAAGUGUUGGAAGAGCGCUAAUUCAUGUGCUACAGAAAGGUCAUAACGGUUCAGUUUGGGCAGUCGAAAACAACAAAUCCGCCAAAGAAGUCAAGUUCCCUAAUUUUUGAGUUAUUUUUUUUCAAUUAAGUUAAACUUUUGUUGAACUUAAUCAAAAUUUACUAAACAUAACUAACUUAUUAUUAGUUAACCAAAAGUGUACCUAAAAUUAAAUCAUAGGUACAACACGAAUAAUGUUUUAAAAUUCUUGAGAUUUAACUUUGCUAUGGGGAAGUUUAUUUAAAUGCAAUUGACAUUCAAUAUUAAUUUCCUUUCUGAAAAAAUAAUGAAAUUUUUCUUGUUUUUUUUUAUUAUGUUACAGAUUAUGCUAAAUUGUAGUUAUGUAAUUUGAUUUAUUCAAUAUUAAAUUACUUUUAAUAAUUAUAAAUUUCUAAAUAUUAUGAUUAAUUGGUUACAUUGGUUAAUGUAAAAUAACAUAGGAGGUAAUAAAAAUUUUUAAAUAAUCAAUUUAUAAGUAUUAUAUUAGUACUUGUUUAAGUAACAAUUUUUUUUUGAACGAAUCGAUAUAGUCUUAAAUUUUAUUAAUAAAUAAUGACCAAGUAAUUUGGAUGGAAGAGAAAACGGGGGAAAAAGUAAUAUAACAAACUUUAAUUCCCGAAAAAUAAAAAAUUUUAAAUUAAUUUAGGAAUAUGUCUUACAAUUCAUUAAAAAUCUUCUACUUGACCCACUAACCAACCUAACCAAACCAAACCUCCCAUGAUCAUUCACGGAGGGAUGUCACUUUUUUAUUACUGACUUUUUAUAAUAUGUAAUUGUAUUUAACUAAAGGAACAAGUAUUACAUAUAACCCACCUCUAAUUCUCCUGCUAUUACAAAACACUAACUGUUACUACUCCAGAUUUAAGACUUUAUAAAUAUUAUCAAGGCUGGGUAAGUUAGUCAUUUUUUCUAAUUUGUGUAAUUAAGUUGGUUAAAAAAUAUAUAAGUAAAGUUAUAAGUUUCAAGUUACUAAUUUUUAAUUGUAAACUUAAUUAAGUUACCAGUUACUUAAAAUAAUAAUAGCUUUUUAGCUAGUAGAUAUUUUUGUUGUUAAUAUAAAAGGAUAUUUUUUGGAAAAUAAGUAUAAAUUCCACGUACUUACCAUAGAUGCUAUAAGAAAAUCUAUUUUUUUUAACAUUUUAUAACAUUACUAAAAAUCACUUAAAUACCUAAAAAAAUUUUUAUUGCUAUUUAAAACAUAGAUGAUUCAUAUACUUUUUCAUUAUUUUAAAUUUCUCGGGAAAAAAAUUUUUAUUUUAGUGCAAUACUUAAUAGUUUAUAAACCAUAAUUACUGAACACUAACUUAACUUAAUAAAAAAACAAAGUCACUUAUUAAGUUUAAGUUAGUGUAUAAAAAAAAACUAGUUAGAUGAGUUAAAAAGUAAAAAUAACUUAACUUAUAACCUUUCAACACGUUAAUUUCCAGCCUUGAAAACUAUAAAUAUUAUAUGUAAAAUUUAAAGCUCAGAAUUGUUUUUUUAAUUGGUGUGAUAAAUGGUACUAAAAUAUUAAAUAUAGUACAUAAUAAUAUAUUUAUAAUUAUAACCACAUUUAAAUUAAAAAUUUAUUUACUGUAAUGCUCAUUUAUAUUUAAUCUAUAGAUAAGUUUAAAUGUAAUUUUUAAGUUUUUAUUAUUUACAACCGGGGCUAGGAACACGAAAUAAAUUUAGUUUUUGACAAUUUUUCUUUUAUUCAGUGAAUUAAUUCAUCUAUAUCAAAUUUUCUUUGAGUACAUGUUGAAAAAACUAUCACAGAAACGAAAUAUAUCAUGAACUACCUUUGAAACCUUAAUUGAACUUAAUAUUUCACGUUAAAAAGUUUAAAUUUUAAGUUUGAUUAUGGUUUGAAAAGCGAUUUCAUAAUAUUUUCGGUUAUUAUAAUUGUUAACAUUAUAAAUUCUUGAAAAAAAUUCGAAAAUGAUCAACUUACUAGUUAUGAUAAAAAUAAAAAAACGAUAUAAUUUCGGUUCCUAGCCUUGUUUACAACAUUGCCUUAAGUUGGAGCUUAGUUAGCGCCAUUUAAGAUUAUCUAGAAUGUUCAGUAAGUAAGGAAACGGGUUUAUAUUGUUCUCAUUGUUUGUAACAACUAACCUUAUAUAUAUUAUAUAUUAUUAAAUAUUUUUAUUGUUGGCUUUAUACUAAGGAAUAUUUUAUUAUAUGAAAAUGAUUGUAAUAUGUAUUUACCUGACACCAAGCUUUUUUUAAAUUUCAUAGUACUAAUAUUAUUAAUUUUUAUUUAAUUAUCGGGCUGUGAUUUUAUUUUUUAAUCUAAUAACAUUAUACAGUCAAAAGAUAAAACUUAAAUACCACACUAUAGUAUUUAUCUAAAUCAAUAACAUUUGAUUGUUUGGUAAAUAAUUACUAGAUUUAUAAAAUAAUUGUAUAUACCAAAAGUAUUUGUAGAACCACAAAUGCCACAUAUUUUGAUUUUUGACAUUUUAUACGCAUUGAAAUUUGAUAAUAAUUUAUAUUUAUAUUGUACAAUAUGAAAUUAUGAUUUUUAUGUAUUACUUACUCGUAUUUAGUGUGUCAUGAAAUUCUAUUGAAUUUUUAAUUUUGUACAAUUUUUUACUACCAUUUUUAAUUAUAAUGUAAAUUGUUUAUAUUUAAUAAGUUCCGUGUUUUAAUAAAUUUAUACUUAUUACUAUAAUAUAAAUAUAUAAAUAUAUCUAUAUGCGGAGUAGACCCAGAGGAACUGAGAUCAUAAGAACUCAGGUUCUCUAUGAUACCCUAUUUAGGGGCCCUGAAAAUUAAAACAAAAGACUUAAAUUUAAUGUAGAGCCAAAAAAGCGAUCAGGCAUUCAGGCAGGGUCGGACCGAUACUGUACAUGUUUUACGGGUCGAGUUUGGUUUAAAUACGGAUUUGAUAGGUUUUUCAUAAACCACUCAAAUACUCGUAAAAUAAACACAAUAUUAAAAAAAUUACUUUUUUUUAGCUUCGAUGCGAAGCUGAGAAAGUAUUAAUUUUACUAUCAUGUGUUUUUUUAAUAAAUUUUUUUUUGUGUGUCUGUAACCUCUUAAUCUCAGCUCUCGCUGGACCGAUUUUGAUGAACAGUACGUCAAAAGAUCACAAAUUGUACCUAGUCAAAGACAUUACACUCAAAAAUGAAAAAAAAUUUCUUGUUCUCCGUAAAUGGGGGAAACUCCUCCAAUCGCAAUUUUAAAAAUCGGUAAUUUUCGACAUUUAUUCAAUGUUUUUUUCUUAAAACUUCCAUAACUUUUUUAAAAAUAGACAAAUCAAAGUAAUUCUUUUUUAUAGAUACUUUAGGUAUUUAUAAUAGUAUUGUUAUAAAAAUAUAAUUUUAGCAUUGUCUAAG